UGAGUGCAGCACUGUAACACCUUUAUACCUUGUCAUCUCACAUAAAAAUCCUUUAUCACCCGCUCCAAAGUGUUCAUCUAAUAAGGUUACCGUUUAAUACGGGCGCGACACAGAUAGUGCGCGGGCGCGCGGCGGGAGGCUAAAUAAGUAAAAAAGCAUGCGCGUGCACAUUUUGAUCAAUCGCAAGUAACCAUGAUCCGCGACGCAUGGUGGACGUGCGCCCUCUUAGCGCUGGCAAGCGCGCGUAUUUACGAGCGAUGUGAAUUUGCAAAAGAACUAAUGUCAUAUGGCGUAGAGAGCAGCCAUAUUUCUACGUGGGUGUGCAUCGCGUAUCACGAGUCCCGCCUGGAUACCAGUGCCCAGAAUCACGGCAGCGGCGAUCACGGUAUCUUUCAAAUCAGCGAGCUGUAUUGGUGCGGACCCGGUAAAGCCUGCGGGGUCCCCUGCACCGCCUUCCGAGAUGAAGACAUAAAAGAUGACGUCGAAUGCUCGCUGAUGAUACACGAAGAACACACGCGCUUGCAAGGCAACGGAUUUAUGGCGUGGGUGGUGUAUCCGCAACACUGCAGACAAAAUACAAAGAAAUAUCUGGCCGACUGCGAUGGUUUACCAAAAAAUGCUACAAUUAAAACAUCGUUCAAUUCUCACAAAAUACAUGACUUUCUGGACAACAAUAUCACGCAUUCAUACAACCCAGUCAGGAUCAGUGGUCGACAACCGUCAUAUUUGACAGUCAGCGCUUUAGUUAAUAAACAUUAUGAGAAUGAUAUCGAACUAUAUUAUACCAGGACCACAUCAAAAAAUUGGUUAAAUUAUAAAAUAGACAAUAUUGAUGAACUUACACUUCCCGUGUUAGGUAAUAAACCUAAACCAGUUCCGACGUCCCAAACUGUGAGCUCGACCCGUUACUCUAUCACAUCUACAACAGCCUCUCCUCUGAAGCCAUGGAGAACAAUAGAAAGCAAUCAGUUCCGCAAUAAACUAACAUAUGAUGACAAGGAUUCAAGAAAAGCGAGCGUGACUAAAGAUGCGGCAAAAUAUGAUAAAUUUCCAAUAACAUAUUCCUCAAAUACAAAUUCGCCAACUUUCGCACCAACGACGUACAGAACACCGGCAACAUAUAGGAUUUCUACUAUAACAACCACUUACAGACCCCAAGUGAUAUCAUACAGACCGGCGACAUUAUCUACAGCUUCGUACAGAUUUCCUAUCGCAACUACAACGCUGAGACCGCUCUCAACAAUAGUGUCGCAUCCAUUUUCUCAGAAAUUUUCAUUGCUUCCUACUCAGAGGUCAUUAACUACGAAGCCAUCUUGGCAUCAGCAUCGAAAAUUGUCGGAAGAGCAGGUGGUCAAUUUAACACCGAGAUCAAAUUUUGGACAACGGUUUUGGACAACGCCGUCUCCACUGAGCACAAAAAAGACGAAUUCAGCAACUAAUAGACCAACGCUGCAAAGAUCUACUCAAUCAAUUUUCGACUUAUAUUUGAAUCCUACAAAACGCCCUCCUAUAUCUGCAUACAAUUUUCGCUCGACAAACGAAAGUCCGUUUAAACUGAGGAUAUUCGCCGGCGGCACUACCACCCCGUCUCCUUUUUUAAAAAGCGCUACCUUCCAGAGCGGUUCUCGUAAUCAAUUACGAAGAGACAUUCAAUUCCACACUUAAAUAAUUGGUCAAUUUAUUGUGUUUACGUAGAAAAUAUUAUAUGUGAAAAACUAAAAAUUAAACCAAAUAAGAAAUUCCUAUUUUACA